GGCUCCUACAUUCUAUCACCUCUUGAAGAAGCGAGCCGCGAUCCGUUGCAAAACUUUGGCUUUGUUGCGACAUGGCGGAAUAUCGGCCAGGAUACCCGCGUUACGAGUUAUUCAAUCAAGAACAGUCUUGACUUGUCGUCUCCGUUACUGCCUUCGUCGCCCAAACAACCGAGGGCGCCGUCACAGCGGCGCUCGACGAUUCCUGAGCUAAUGCGGAAGCCACCUCUGUCGGGAAUAUUAUCCAAGGCCGCAGCGCCUGUUAUAGAAAGCGAUACUACAUUCGCGGCAUUCAAGGCAUUACCGCUUGACCCUACACGCACACGGAGGGAUUCCGGGAGCUAUAUUGAGCCUGCGGAUGAGCUUGCGGGUGCAGCCAACUGCAAAGAUGCCGUGGACAUCAUUGUGGAUGCGAUCCGACAAGCAUGUCAAGAUGCAGGCGGCGCACACGGAGAAUUAAUGGCAGAGGAGGAUAUUGUCAGCUUGGCUGAAGCACAGCGCAUGACUAGCGUGUACGCUAAGAUGGAAUACGGUGUCAAGAGGCUGCUAUGGCUGGGGGGCUAG